AUGACAAUGGAAGAUCGCACGGGUGGCAUCGACCGCGCCACCCCCGCGACCUCGACGCCGGCCACGACGGCAUUAACGUCGGCGUGCCCCGCGUCCAUCAGCGACGUCACGCCCGACGCUUCGUACCCCCUUCAACGAGCUAGCAAGCGCUCCUUCGAUGUCGCUUUCCUCGUAGCGCCCGAUGAGAACCUGGCGCGUCGUCAGCACGAAAAACUGCGAUUGAUAACCGGACGGAAGGACCGUUCGCGAGACGACAUCUCCGUGGACAACGUUUUGGACACUGACAGGCUGCCGCAAAACCUCACUAUCAAACACUACGACAACGAGUCUGGCGGUGGUUCAGACAGAAGAAGAUUGCUGCAAUGCACGGAGAACUCACUCAGUCCACCAUACGUAUCACCCAGAACCUUAACGCCAACCUUGCCAGGGCUUUCGCCAGAUUCUGACAGGAGGAGAUACGCGCCGACCGGCGGUCGGCUUCAGAAGACCCCGAGUCCGCCUACCUUCAUCGGCCAUCAUCAGUCUAUGCUGACCUGUCCGGAUUCGACAGAUUCUUCGAUCUUGGCCUGCCCGAAGGUUUACGAGACUGGUAUCUCCUGCGCGACCGAUCGCCACGGGGAAUCCCGCAGUGCCUUCACGAAGGUAAAUCUGAUCGGGCAGCGGAACGGCUUCAACGACGACGGCCAAGCAUCGCCGAGGUCAUCGAUAUCGCCGGAUGAUCGCGCGAGUUAUCAGAGCAGCGUCAGUCCGCCGGUGGUGUCGUUGCCCGGUGCGACGAGCUACAAGUAUGCGCCGUUUCCUACCAAGAUGGCGUACCCUUUUCUGACCAUGGGAGCAGAGGCCGGUCAGACGGGGCUGUUGGAGAACUUGAAAAUCCCGCAGAUCGCUCAGCCGCCUAAGGUGCCCAGUCCGAAGAUGCCCGCUUUUCGACCGGAUCUUCCGCCAGUUUAUCCCAAUCUUCCCUACAACCCCAUCUCCGUAUUCCCACCGAUGGCGGACGCUCUCGCCAGGCCGAGAUUCCUGGCUACGGCCGCCGGGGUGGCCGGCCUCUUGCCGCCGUCGUUUGCCGCUCUGACUUUACCGGCGCAGAACGUCUGCGCCAAGUGCAACCUGUCGUUCCGUAUGACUUCCGACCUGGUCUACCACAUGCGCUCUCACCACAAGAGUGAGAGUGCGGGCGAGGCGGCAAGGAGGAGGAGGGAGGAAAAACUCAGGUGUCCCGUCUGUGAUGAGAGCUUCCGUGAGAGGCACCAUCUCACUAGACAUAUGACCGCCCAUCAAGAUAAGGAGAGCGACGGCAUUGUUGACCAGGUCGAAAUCAAGAGGAGGACUACUACUGUUCACAGUAAGUGACGACGAAAAAUGCCGAUCGAAGCCGAUAUUCUAACGGCUGGCUAUUCCUUUGAGAACUGAAUUGGUGCGCAAUGAGACGUAGCAGAUUAUGGAAUUUGUGAUAACGGUGAAAUUGUUGUCCAUUUAUAUCUUAUUAAAUUGAGAGAGAAACUGAGACAUUACUUCUUGCAAAAAAAAAAAAAUGUUCGAGCUAUCAGAAAUAUAUAAAUUUAAUAUUAUCAUAUUCUCAGUAAUUUUGGUUAAACAAAUUUUCCACAUCUUUUUCAUCGUGAAUAUAUGUAAUGUGCAGAUUUACAGAGGCAUUUUUUAUUUAAUAAGUAUUUGUUUGCUAAUUUAGAAUCGAUUUUUUCUUAACAAAAAUAUCGAUCGAUUAAGUUUUUAAGCUAUGAGCGAUUGAAAACGAAGACUUUCCCGGGAAUUAAAUUUCAGGAAUGCAAGUAUAUGAAUAAUUUUGUUUUUUAUUUAAUUUGAAUAGA